CUAGUAUGAGUUGUGAAAGUUGUAGUUGGACAGGUGUGGUGAAAGGGAAAGAGAAGAGAAGGAUGAAAUAAGAGUGAGAUUAUGAGUAUCUGAUUCUGAUCUGGCAACAGGCAUGGCCACAAGGGAAGCUGCGAAGAAGAAAUUCCCUCUCUUCCCUCUCUUCUCUCUCCUCUGCUUCACCUCCAUCUUCCUCCUCCUCUCCCAGUACACAACCACGCUCCACACCCACCGCACCUCCCCAGCCCCCGCCACCUGCGACUACUCCCACGGAGCAUGGAUCCCCCACCCCGCCAGAACCCCCUCCUACCACCACACCUGCAAGGAGAUCUUCAAGGGCUGGAACUGCCUCAGCGCCAACAAAUCCAACGCCGCAGCCCUCGCCACGUGGCGCUGGCAGCCCCGCCACUGCGAUCUCCCCCAAUUCGACCCCCUUCACUUCCUCCGCGCUCGCGCCCACUCCACCAUUGGCUUCGUCGGGGACUCUCUCAACAGGAACAUGUUCGUCUCCCUCUUCUGCGCUCUCAAGGCUGCCUCCGAUGGACACGUCAAGAAGUGGCGACCCGCUGGCGCUGACCGUGGAUUCACCUUCCUCACUUACAAUCUCACCAUUGCUUACCACCGCACCAAUCUUCUCGCUCGUUAUGGUAGAUGGUCAGCUACUGAUGAUGGUGGUGCCUUAGAAACUCUUGGAUUCAGAGAGGGCUUUAGAGUUGAUGUUGAUGUUCCAGAAAGCACAUGGGCGCAAGCCCUGAGUUUCCAUGAUAUUCUAAUUUUUAACACAGGGCACUGGUGGUGGGCACCUUCAAAAUUUGACCCCACGAAGUCUCCUAUGCUUUUCUUCAAGAAGGGUCAGCCAGUAAUCCCUCCAUUACGUCCAGAUCAAGGCCUGGAUAUGGUUUUGAAGCAUAUGAUCCCGUAUGUGGAGGAAAACGCACGACCAGGUGCAGUCAAAUUUUUCCGUACUCAAUCACCCAGACAUUUUGAGGGUGGCGACUGGGAUCAGGGUGGUUCCUGUCAAAGGGAUCGACCUUUAGCGGUAGAACAGGUUGAGGAACUUUUCUCUGUGAAAAAUAACGGGACAAAUGUGGAGGCCCGACUUGUGAAUGAACACCUCUAUAAGGCUCUAAAGGGGUCUAGUUUCAUUAUUUUGGACAUCACUCACUUGAGUGAGUUCAGGGCUGAUGCCCACCCUGCUUCAGCUGGAGGGAAAAAACACGAUGAUUGCAUGCACUGGUGCUUACCUGGAAUUACAGAUACCUGGAAUGACUUGUUCAUAGAGCUUCUGAAUAGAAAGAUCAAGGGUAGAAGUUGAUGAAGUAGUUAUUUAUAAUUGUUAGAAAAGGGGGAGAAAAGAAAAAAAGAGAGAAAGAAAGACACUGUCCUUAGGAUUGUCUUGAACUUCGUUUUGGGUUAGUUGGGAUUCUUAAUGUGUUUGGAUUCAUUUUAGAUGAUCCAAAAUCAAGUUGAAACACGAGUUAACAUGAUUUUAGGUAAAUGUUUACAUGUUUGGUUUCACAUUGAUUAAUGAAAUUUAGGUUCGAAAUUGAAUUUGAA